CACUUCUAGCGAGCUGAAGACAUGGCUGUGUGUAACACUAUACUAUGGGCUGUCUGGCCUACUUCAGUCCUAUUGUGCGUGUGGAUAUGGGAGGCCAACUGUGACGUAAAAUAUCAAUCAGAGGAGGUGGAGAUUUUCCAUUCUGAUAAACAGAGCAGGCUGGGCUGGACUUCUGAGCCAAGCAGAGGGUCUAAGUGGGGUGAAAUUCCACUGAAAUUUGGCACAGUGAGUCCAGUUCCUGUGCUCCAAGCUUGUGGAGGAGGAGCAAUCAGAACUAUUUUAAGCCCGUGGAUGGAACGUAAAGAUGCUCACUAUUUAUUGAUGGAUGUUGCAUUCGCCAAAGUAGAGGAGCAACAGUCUGGUCAGGUCAGCCUACUGCAGGCUCGCCUUGUAAAAACAGACAUACCUACCACAAGAGACAGCCAGCCAGUCCUGGACCUCCAGACCACACCAUUCCCUGCCACACUCCCUCUGAACGAGAUAAGCAAUUACCUGAACCGCAGCAAGGCUCUGAACUUGGGCUCCAUCAGUCACAAAGGCUUCAGGCUUGGCUUCUCCUACUCAGGAACAUGUGUGUUUGUGACAUCCAUCAGGCUGUACUACAGAAGGUGCCUCGACACAGUGGCUAACCUGGCCUUGUUUGGGAAGACAGUGGCUGGGUCGGGCGCCCUCAUGUUUUCCUGUGUGGAGGGAGCAGUGGUGGUUUCUCCACCUGUUAGAGAGUGUACUGUGGAUGGAGUGUGGGGUCCAGUGCAGGGGGGAUGUACCUGCAAACCUGGACAUCAAGCCAUGAAUGAUACCUGUCAAGCAUGUAGGUUGGGCUACUACAAACCUGCCAAUGAGAGCGGGGAAUGCCGGAUGUGCCCACCAAACAGCGGGACUCACAGGGAGGGAUCAGAGAAGUGUGACUGCGUGCAGGGUUUCAGCCGUCUGCCAACUGACCCUGAUGAUCUUGGCUGCACUAAGCCGCCCUCAGCCCCUGUAAAUGCAACAGCACGUCACCACAAUGACUCAGUGCUCAUCGUAACGUGGGAUCCUCCUCAUGACCGAGGAGGCAGACAGGAAGUGACGUAUCGAGUCAAAUGCAAGGAGCAAGCAGAGGUUGGCGGUCAGUGGAAGUCCUGUGGAGAGCAAGUGGUUUUCCUGACCAACACAUCUGUCAGCAUCACGAAACUAAACCCACAGAGGGACUACAUGCUGUCAGUGGAAGCCUGGAAUGAUAUAUUAACCCUACCGUUGCCGGGGGCGCCAUCUCCAUCCACUGCCACUGUAACCAUUCAUAGAUGUAUGUUAACCUGAUCAGAUGACGUUAACACAUA